CUGACAUCCUGCCACACUUUUAGCUUCUCUCAUUCCUUGGAGUCUCAGCUACAACCAAAAACUCAGCAUUUUUUAAUUUGAUAAUUUAUCUGGCAGUGGUAGGCUUGACUGGAGGAUGCUCUGAACCACAACUGAGGAAACCAUAAUCUUGAAAUGUGUCAGGGUGUUGAAACAAAAAGAGCACCAAGUAAAGGAGAAAAAAAUCACCUUAGUUUGCAGCUAUUUGUGUCUUUAGCUCUUAAUAAUACACAGGUAUUUUGAAAUGUUUGUAGUCUGCAAAGAUAGGAAAGAAUAUUCCAACUAGCUUUAAAUUCAAAGGAAGAAAUUUGCAGCACAUGAAGGAUUUGGAGAAUUGUGAACCAUAAAUAAAAGGAGAAUUUCAUUUUGCUACUAUUCACUUGCACAGUUUCCAAGGGCUUUCAGCACAUUUCUGCAUUGCAAUGUGGAAAAGGGCAUUUGGCAAUAACACAGGCGUGCAGGUUUUUAGCAGUGUUGGUCUAAAGACAUAGGCAGGCAAGGUUCUUUGGGUGAAUCUGAUACCUUUUCUGAUGCUGGCCGUUCUGGAGCAGAGCUGCAGCAUGCAGAGGGUUAACAAGCCCUUUGGAGGAAACACAUGCUCCUGCAGAGCAAUAAAAUUUCAGUCACAGCUGGGGAGAGGAAGCAGUUUCUGGUCACUCUUCUACCUGUCACCAGCUGCUUUUUGCUGCACAACCAAAGACAACAACAUGCUGGAUAAGAUCGCGCUGCUGGCCGCUGUCACCAUUUUGGGAGUCCUGGAGCAAGCCUAUUUCGCUCUGCAGGUGAUCUCUGCCCGGCGGAAGUACAAGGUCUCCCCGCCGUGCGUGAUGGGCCCCCCUGAAUUUGAGAGAGUCUUCAGAGCUCAGAUAAACUGCUCCGAAUACUUCCCCAUCUUUGUCUCUGUCCUGUGGGUGGCUGGAGUCUUCUUCCAUCAAGGGGCGGCUGCAGCCUGUGGGCUCCUCUACCUGUACUCCCGGUACCAGUAUUUCAGGGGCUAUGCCCUGGCUGCUCAUGCAAGAUUGGGUCCCAUGCACUUCAGCGCAAGAGUCCUAUGGAUUCUGAUUGGUAUGGCCAUAGUGGGGCUCCUCAUCCACUUCCUGUCUCUCCGCCCACUACUACUGAGACAAGAUCUUCUGAGCAAACUGCACCGCUUCCAGGGGUAAAUUGUACCCAAAGCCUGAGCAAGACCAAGCGAGGGCAGCACUCACUUCACAAAAUGUGCGAAGAGCAGGAGGGUGCUGUGGCUGACAGGCUGUAAGAUAACUUAGCUUGCGUUGAGCUGUGUUCUGUGUGGUCAAAUGCCUUAAUAAAAGGGGGACAGUAGUCCCGUGAGUUCAGACACUCCACCUCAGAAGCGGUUUCAGUUCCAGGUAAGGUGCUGUGCUCCACCCCAUCCCUGGCUUAGCUUUCAGAGUCCCCCCUCCCCUCUACAGCAUGAACAUGGAUGCAGAAAAGCACAAGGGAGAGAAAAGGCCUGACAUGUAAGUGAGCAGAUACUUUCCUCUUUCCUCUCCCAGAGCGCGUGCACCCGCUGCAGUCAGGGUAGAACCCUUGGCCACCCAGAAUCAGCUUGGGCAAACGAGAGGGUGUAAAGGGUACAGGAAAUUCGAGUGCAAGGGACUCUCCAGCAGGCACCUGUAGUGCAAGGAGUGUGCUACCACACGCUGCUUCUCUAGACAAACACGGACUCCAGGCUGAUGCUUGCAGCAGCUCGUACCAUCCAACCUGAUUGUCCAAGGUGCAUUUACACUAAAAUCGCCAUUUUUCUGAGGUCCCCUGGGUAAUGCAGACAAGACAGUGGACCCACAAAGAGGCUGGAGGUUCAAGUCAUGCAGUUACUUGGGAUGGGAAUAGGAGGAGCACCGGCUGUUCCUGCAGGAUCAGAACUAGCUUGUUGACUGCAGACAAGUCCCCAGGAAAGGCAGUACUUACCCCCUGCUAGAGCUGCCACAGGCUCUUUCACUCUUCAGAGGUUCCAAAAAGGUGUCAGGGAAGACUUGUUACAUUAAGUGAUCUGGAUUAAGGCAUGCAUUUGGCCAUAGCUGAAGGUGUGGCUUAACCAAGUGUGUCAUGUACCUGCUGGUGCUUGGCAGGACUGCAAGCUGUAUGUAACAGAGUAAAUGGCCGAGUUACCAGCUGCUCUAGUUCAGUGCUUCUCCACCUUAGACUCAAGGUCCACCUCAGAAAAUACCAGCUCUCAACUCUCACUCAUUUUUAAAUUAUGGAAAAAUAACAGAGCAGUUUUUCUGUUGCAAAGAACUUGGACAGACCCUGGCAGGUCAGAAGGGUUUGAACACUCUGGAUUCCUAUUUGAAGUCUGAGUUUAUCUUGUGAACCAUGUUUGCACACCUCAGUGCUACCACUGUGGGGUACCCUGUAGCACCCCUGAAAGGAUCUCAAGGCUAAGAGCACCUGCCCCCCCCCCCCCCCCACUAAGCAUCACUGCCCUUCUUAUCUGAGCACAGAGAAACAAGUGACUUGGCAGCACAGGGGGACUGUCAGAUGCAAAGGACCAGGGUGCACUACAUGCAGCUGCUGUAAAUCCUCUCUGGUGAAGAGCUGUCAGAAAGUGUUUCAGCCCCAAAAACACUCGCAGGGGGGCAAGGUGGGACAAACACAGCUCAAUCCAUUAAAAAAACUUCCUUUCAUGUUAAAACUGAUCUGAACUCCCCCCCCCCAACCCCGGCCCCGCAGUGCCUGUUGUUGUUUCCAACAUCAGGACGUGUUCCUGCCAUUCCUGGCACUGGAGCCAGCUGACUCGCAUGUCUGCAAUGCUAUUGAGACACAGUUUCAUGCCCCGAGGGCCAAGCUGCACUAGGCUGCCAUGUUGUGCAGACAGCUGAGAUGCAAAUAGCUGAGCUGCUGGUGCCUGGCAAGCCAGAGCUUAGCAGGACCAGCGGGGCUGCUCCUGGAAGCAUUUUAAAGAUGUUCUUAAAGGACAACGCUGGGAGUCCGGCUGCUGGCAGGCCCCACUGGGGGGCUGAGGUAAAGCUAGGCAGGGUGCAUACAGCAGUGACAGUGAGCCAGUGCCCGAGGAGCAGCCGCAGCCUGGUUUAGCAUGUGCACGAUGAGGUGUGUGGAAGAGGCUGGCUGUCACCAGCAGCCCCUGGCACUGGUCUCACUCCUCCACUACUCCAAGCACCUCCCUCCUGGCACUGGGAGCUGUAGGAAGAUGGGAUUGUCUGUACCCGGUCACAUUUCUGCAGGCCACAAGGGAGCAUGGACAGGACCACAAGGAGGCAAAGAACAUUAGCCAGCUCCUACCGUAACCGUCUACAAAGCAGGGCAGAGCUGCAGCGCUGAAGAGUGGGAGGAAGAAACCUGUUUGCUCACUGCAGCUUCAGUCUGAACAGCCUCUGAGUGUAGCUGCAAGGCCAAGGGUUUUAAAUUAAACUUUAUUACAGUGCACAUUUUAUAUAUUUAUAUAUAGAUGUACUUGAAAAAUCAAAUGUAUCCAAUAAUAAAAAAUACAGCACAUUGAA